AGACGAGCACGCGUAGCAGUAGUAAAGAGGCGAGUAAAUGCCACCCCCUCCUCUCACCAAACCAAGCCAAUUCAUUCGCCUGCCUCUCUCCUCUCGGCUCGGCCGCUGCUCUGCUCCCGUGCGUGUUUCUUGGGACUACGACCUGCUGGCCCUGGGCUAGUCUCCACUGCUCCCCGAGCAGAGCGACGAGAGAGAACCCGGGCAGGGAGGGGAGGGGGAGGCGUGACAUGUAAGCAAGGGACACGCUGAGCUGAAGCCGCAGAGAAGCUGUCGUCCAAGGAGAGAGAGGUAGUGAGAAGAGGGUUGCGUUUGCGUUGCUGUUUCCGCCAUGAAGUUCAUGAAGCUUGGCUCCAAGCCGGACGCCUUCCAGACCGACGGCAGCGACUCCAGAUAUGUGCUGUCGGACCUUCCAUCAGAUAUCGUCGUCCAUGUCGACGAUGCAAGGUUCUAUCUGCACAAGUUCCCUCUUCUCUCCAAGAGUAGCUUGUUACAAAGGUUGAUAAUUGAGGCCAGUCAGAACGGCACUGACGAAGUUGUCAUACAAGACAUUCCUGGUGGAGUGAAAACCUUUGAAAUCUGCGCAAAGUUCUGCUAUGGCAUGGUGGUGACCCUCAAUGCAUACAACGUUGUUGCUACAAGGUGUGCAGCAGAGUACCUUGGGAUGACCGAGGAUGUUGAGAAGAGCAAUCUGAUAUUUAAGAUGGAGGUGUUCCUGAAUUCUGGCAUCUUCAGAAGCUGGAAGGAUUCAAUCAUAGCCCUCCAGACCACUGAUGCACUGUUACCUUGGUCAGAGGAGCUAAAGUUGGUCGGAAGAUGCAUAGAUUCCAUUGCUACCAAAGCUACCGUUAACCCAUCGAAUGUAAUGUGGUCAUACACCUACAACAGGAAAUCUGCAUCCUCCGAUGAGAUAGUUGAAGCUCGCAAAAGCUCGCAUUCAGUUCCCAAGGACUGGUGGGUUGAAGAUCUGUGUGAACUGGAUGUAGACCUAUACAGGCGUGUCAUGGUUGCAGUGAAGUCAAGGGGGAGGAUCCCCUCUGAUGUUGUUGGAGAAGCACUCAAGGCAUAUGCUGCUAGAUGGCUUCCUGAAUGUUGCGACAUGCUGGUGGACGAUGUCUACACUGAAUCAUACAAGCACCUCCUUGAAACAAUUGUUUGGCUAUUGCCCUCGGACAAGGGAUCUUCAGGGAUCCCAUGUCGUUUCUUCCUGAAGCUGCUGAAAGUCACUGUCCUGAUUGGAGCUGGAGAGCUCCUGAAGGAAGAACUGAUGGAUAGGAUUGUCUUGCAGCUCCACAAGGCUUCAGUCAAUGAUCUUCUGAUCCCUUCCAAGCCUCCAGCACAGACAAUUUAUGAUAUUCAGCUAGUUCAGACACUCAUCAGUAGGUACAUGAGGCACGCCGGAGUAGCUGAAGAUGGGAUUUUUCUCAACAACCUUGACCAGGAGAUGUUUGAGACGAAUGUAGACAACGAGUCUCUGGUAGCACUAUGCAAGCUGGUCGACAGGUACUUAGCUGAAGUCGCCUCUGAUCCAAAUCUGUCAGUUUCAAGCUUUGUGGAUUUGGCGACUUCAAUGCCUGAAUCUGCUAGAACAACACACGAUGGAUUAUACACCGCUGUUGAUGUGUUUCUGAAGCUGCAUCCCGGCCUACCCAAGACGGAGAAGAGGAAGAUCUGCGGCCUGAUGGACGUGAAGAAGCUCUCCAAGGGGGCGUGCAUCCACGCGGCGCAGAACGACCGGCUCCCGCUCCGCGUGGUGGUCCAGGUCCUCUUCUUCGAGCAGCUCCGCGCCGCGGGAGCCGCCGCCUCGGCCGCGGCGGGGCCCAACGGCAGCGUGGCACGGUGCAUGGCGCGCCUGGAGGAGGAGGAGGACGACGAGGACGGCGGCUGGAAGGAGGGCCGCGCGCUGCCAGAGCCCCCGACCCCCGGCGCGCUGAGGAAGCAGCUGGGGAGCCUGAAGCUGGCGGCGGCUGACCAUGGCGCCGGCGACGACGGCCGGCGCCUGGUGGCGAGGAGCAGCAGCGUGGCCAACCAGAGCAGCCGGCUGUCGCUGUCGUCGCGGUCGCGGAGGAUCUUCGACAAGCUGUGGGUCGGCGGCGCGAAGCUCCCCGGGGAGGCGACCGUCGGUGGGAAGGGGUCGUCGGACACGUCCGGGAGUUCGCAGAGCCCGCGGUCGUCGGCGAAGCCGCUCGAGUCCAAGUCGUCCAGCUCUUCGUCGAGGAACCGGCGGUACUCGGUCUCGUAGGCCGGCCGGCCGGCCGGCGGCGGAGCCUGUACAGAGGAAGGAGGAGGAGCCUGGUCCAAGCCCAACGCGGAGGAUCAUGAACUGCUGCUAACUUUCAGAGACUCUGCUUAUCCGUGCUGUAUGCAGCUAGAAAUCCUUGUUCCGUCCAAGACGACUCCCAGUCCCCGGCCGCUCUGAUCUUGGGACGACCCCUGCUCUCUGUAACAGACUUGGCAAUUAUGCUUGACCCGGAGAUCUGGCGGCAGUCCAGUCCUUUUGGUGGCUCUGUUUGACGGCUGUCACUCGUGACAUGAAGCUUAGCGAUCGGACUAGGCCCUGUACUAAAUUCCAAGAUUAGUUAAGAGUAUGAACCUUCACGACUUAUCGUAUCAGUACCAAAGACUCGUGGAUUCAGUG